UGGUAAACGCGCGCGCUCCCUUCACCGCCCCCUUCUCUCUCUCUCUCUCUCUCUCUCUCUCUCUCUCUCUCUCUCUCUCCCUUCGUUUUCCUCUUUUUUAUCACUCUUGUUUUUCGCGUGUGAGAUAUGUGAUGUGAUACACGGGCUGUAAUCAUUCUAAUGGCCCUCGUCGACCAUGGACGAUGAUUUUGUUUCGGUUUUUCCAUUCGCAUCACGGGAAUAUCGCUCCGGCGUCGACGCAGUCCAUGAGCACUAGGGCUUUUUCGCUUCCUUUGACUCCUGAAGGAUAUUUUUGCAUGUCAAGAGACUGAAGAGACCCGGAGAACACGUUCAAUGCCGUUGGAACAUGUCAUAUGUUCCCUUUCAAGAUGCGAGGUAUGCUGCCCCCCCCUCCUACCGACACCAGCCCUCCUUCGCUGCUGCUCCCUCCUUCGAGCAACCCGACUGGAAUCCUCGUCUGUGUGUGAUCAGUGGAAAUCAGCUCUACAUGUUGGACCAGGAGGAGGUUCACCCUUUGUUGAUGCGCGAGCAGCGCUCGGAGUCGCACAGAAACAAGCUGCUGCGACGGACGGUCAGCGUGCCUGUGGAGGGGAGGCACCAUCCUGAAAUGGAGCAAGCUCGGCUCCGGCGGAAGAGCAUCGCCACUGGAAAGCAGCCAAGCAUGGAGAUCCCACCCACUGCCCCCCCACAACCCUUCCGACAAUCCAGUUUUCUCAGUAGAAGACUGAAGGGGUCCAUUAAGCGGGCCAAGAGUCAGCCCAAACUGGACCGAACCAGCAGCUUCCGCCACAUGAUCCUCCCUCGUUUCCGCAGUGCAGACCAGGACCGGACUCGUCUGAUGCAGAGCUUCAAAGAAUCCCACUCCCAUGAGUCUUUGCUGUCUCCCAGCAGCGCAGCCGAGGCCUUGGAUCUGACACUUGAUGAAGAUGCGGUCAUCAAGCCUGUUCACUCCAGCAUACUCGGACAGGAGUACUGCUUUGAGGUGAUAACUGCUUCUGGAACAAAGUGUUUUGCCUGUCGGUCGGCUGCGGAGCGAGACAAAUGGAUAGAGAAUCUGCAGAGAGCUGUCAAACCAAACAAAGACAACAGUCGACGCGUCGACAACGUUCUGAAGCUGUGGAUCAUCGAGGCCCGUGAACUUCCACCCAAAAAGCGCUAUUAUUGUGAACUGUGCUUGGAUGACAUGCUUUACGCCCGCACUACCAGCAAACCCCGAACCGAUACCGUCUUCUGGGGUGAGCACUUCGAGUUCAACAACCUGCCAGCUGUCCGCAACCUCCGCCUUCAUCUUUACAAAGAGACGGACAAGAAAAGACGCAAGGAGAAGAGCACAUAUCUGGGCUUGAUCAGCAUUCCCAUUUCCAGCAUCACUGGUCGUCAGUUUGUGGAGCAAUGGUACCCCGUCAUUCAGCCCAGCGUCCUGGCCAAGGGUGGUGGUGUUGGAGGGGGCAAAAUCAUCAACGCCUCCCUGCGGCUCAAGUCACGCUUUCAGACCAUGAGCAUCCUGCCGAUGGAGCUGUAUAAAGAGUUUGCAGAGUAUGUGACCAACAACUACCGUACGCUGUGUGCCGUUCUGGAGCCGCUGAUGAGUGUCAAGAGCAAAGAGGAAGUGGCCUGCGCUCUGGUGCACAUCCUGCAGAGCACAGGGAAGGCCAAGGAUUUUCUUUCAGACAUGGCGAUGUGUGAGGUGGACCGAUUUAUUGAUCGAGAGCACCUGAUCUUCAGAGAGAACACCCUGGCCACCAAAGCCAUAGAAGAGUACCUCAAACUCAUCGGACAUAAGUACCUCAAAGACGUUUUAGGUGAUUUUAUCCGAGCGCUGUAUGAGUCAGAGGAGAACUGUGAAGUCGACCCAAUGAGGACUCCACCUUCUGUGCUGCCCGAACAUCAAGCCAACCUCCGCAUGUGCUGUGAGCUUGCCCUCUGCAAAAUCGUCAACUCUCAUUGUGCAUUUCCAAGAGAACUAAAAGAGGUGUUUGCAUCCUGGCGCGUUCGAUGCGCUGAGAGGGGAAGAGAGGACAUUGCAGAUCGACUGAUCAGUGGUUCCCUCUUCCUGCGCUUCCUGUGUCCAGCCGUCAUGUCACCAUCUUUAUUCAACCUCACACAGGAGUACCCUGAUGAGCAGACUUCACGCACACUCACCCUCAUAGCCAAAGUUGUGCAGAACCUUGCAAACUUCUCAAAGUUUGGCAGUAAGGAGGAGUACAUGUGUUUUAUGAAUGAGUUUUUGGAGAUGGAGUGGGGAUCCAUGCAGCAGUUCCUGUACGAGAUCUCCAAUCUCGACAGCGUGAGCAACGCAGCUGCUUUUGAGGGCUACAUCGACUUGGGAAGGGAGCUCUCGAUCCUGCACAGUCUUCUGUGGGAAGUCAUGGCACAGCUAAGCAAGUCUGUUUUUACCGUGCCAAAGGAUGCUAUCAUCAAACUUGGACCAUUGCCCCGCCUUCUGAAUGACAUCAGCAUGGCCCUUCGUAACCCUCACCUCCAGCGACAGCCCAGUCAUCAGACGGACAGACCGCCUCCAGAGAGACAGACAGACAGGCUGCUCUCCAGGCCCAGCUUCAACAGGGGCGUCUCGUCUGAGUUCCAGAACCUCAUGAUGAGAGACCUCAACAGUUCAGUUGAGAUCACUCGCCUGCCCUCUCCAACCUCUGCCAUGUCCAGUGGUGGAGCGCCUCCGUCCCGAGCCGGAUUGGGGGGGUUUGCGGACCGCGAUCAUCCUCACCGAGCCUCAUCUAAAGAGGUUUUCUAUGUUGCCCGUCCCCCGUUGGCCCGCUCUAGUCCAGCGUACUGUACUAGCAGUUCUGAUAUUACUGAUCCAGACCCAAAGGACUCAAGAAUGAACAGCGUCUCUAACCUGCAGUCUAUGGGGGACAUGCUCAACUCUUCCCAGGCCUCGAUUGCCGGCCUCGGCAGCUACGGUGGGCUCGCGGGCUUGGGAGGAGGUCUCGGAGGCCAGCUGCGUGCUGGAGGGCGUAUGUCGGCCGGAUCCGGGGGUUCCAGCAUGUCCGGGGGUCUGAGGUUGAGCCAGAUGGGAACCACCACCGACUCGCUGUCCCAGCAGCAACAAGCCGCCGCUCUCCGCUACCCACUCUCCUUCCAGAACCCUCUGUUCCACCUGGCUGCUGACGGGCCUCAGCUUCACCACCAGCACAGUCGAGCUCAACCUCCUCCUCCUCUCCUGCUGGCCCCGGAGCCGGACGCUUCUCACCCCUCUUACGUCCCGCAGUUCGCCCACGGCGGUUUCUCCCGAAGCGAGGACCUCUCCACCCUCAGACCCGGCCCUCAUCUGGGUCAGCCGAGUAUUAUUCACUCCCACAGCUACAGCGACGACUUCAGCCGCCAUAACCAGAGUGAAUACGGGCGACGCCAGAUCCCCAUGCACAUGCAGGAGCAGCAGCAGAUGGCAGGCAUGGCAUCGCAGACGGGCACAUCUCAUUCAUCGCUCGCCACGCCACCUUCCACCGUUCAGCCUGCCCGCCAAAGCUCCAUGGCUCCUCCCACGCAGCGCAUGAAAUCGCAACCCUCGCAUCAGCUUUCCGUGAGUUCAGCCGCCGCCGCCGCUCCUGCUGGCAAAACCAGGCCACAGAGCGGAAACCUGCUCCAGUCCCCGGAGUCUGGCUUCGGGGGCCGGCAACAGGGUCCUCGUCAGCAGCUGUCGGUCAAAGACAGCACCCCGCCUGGCCUGCCGCAUCAGCAGAGCUCCACCAGAGAGAGCCAGGGAUCCCAGGGCUCUCAGGGAGGAACGCCACAGUCCACACAGCAGUCCAAAUCACAUCAGGAACGACAGCAGAUCCAGCAACAGCAUCUGCUCAAGCCUACCAUGAGCAAACAGGGCUCUUCCCAAUCUCCAACCACCCUCAACCCUUCGAUCCCUGCCUCUGAACGAACGGUCGCCUGGGUGUCCAACAUGCCCCAUCUUUCUGCUGACAUAGAGAGUUCCCGCAUUGACCGAGAGGAAUACAAACUCAAGGAGUAUUCAAAGAGCAUGGACGAGUCGCGUCUGGACAGGGUGCGUGAAUACGAGGAGGAGAUCAACUCUCUGAAGGAGCGUCUGAUGAUGUCACAUCGCAAGCUGGAGGAGUACGAGAGGAGGCUGUUAACUCAGGAGCAGCAGACCAAUAAAAUCCUGCUGCAGUAUCAGAGCCGACUGGAUGACAGCGAGAGGAGACUGAGACAGCAGCAGAUGGAGAAAGACAACCAAAUUAAAGGAAUUAUUGACAGACUCAUGGUUGUGGAAGACGAGCUGAGGGUAGGGGUGAUGCCUGAGCAAAAACCCAGGAUGUUCGCAGACCAGGGGAGGCGGCAGUCCAUCUUAGUUCAGCCCCGCCUUGCACCCGUCCCACUGCGAAUGAACAGGAAAAGCAGCUUUCCGCCUUGGAUUCAGCAGACUCCGGUGUGAGUUUUGGAGGAGAAUUGACCAGCGCUCCUGGCAUUGUGGGAGUCUCCCAAUCGGACAAAUCCUGCACCCAAUCCCCCCUGAAUGGAAUCUUGUCCUUCCCAUUAGCCUCCCCUCCUCAUUCCUGUCUAGCUGAACUGAGAGUUCUCCAGCAAACAAAAAUCAGCAACAGCAUCGAGGGCAAGUUUGGAGGGGGAGCAGGUCAAUAACAACGCUGACCAAAACCAAGAGAAUUUAUAGGAAUUCCGAUGAAAAAUUCACAUCUUCAUGGAUGAAGCUUCUGCGGAUGUUUUAUUUUGUGCAUUAGACUAAGGACAAGUGGGAGGUGGAACCAUUGCUUGCACCAUCCAAAACAAAAGGGCUCUCCAUCAGAUCCGAUAUGUUAUUCCAAAAUCACAUUUUCUUUGGAUCAAAUUUAAAAGCCCCUUGCACAUACAGUACCUCUGCCACCACAAGUCAUCCAGAACACUGGAAAGUGCUUGGUUCAGGUUCCAGGUUUUCUUGACUGAGCUCCCUUAUAUUGUGUAAAAAAAAAUCCCAAGAAGCUGGGAAUGACCCCAGGACCAGUGGGCAAACAAACUAUACGUAUGUUUCGAAGUGUAUAGAGAUAGAAAUGUGUGACUCACGAACACAUGCCAGCUUUGUCUUGAGGAUUUUGUUAUGUCGUCUGGCUUUCCUAGUGCCUUUCUGUAUCUCCUGACAGGGUUUUCAAACGAACACAAGAAUAACGACAGCAGAAUUACAGAAAGGGUUGUGCAAACGCAGCACUCUUCUCAAGAUUGCUCGCUUAGAAGAAAUUGAUGUGUUCUUCUGCCUCAGUGUAAUGCUGGAAAUGUCCAGCUUUGAAAUAUGACCAUGAUUCAGUUUUUUCUUUUUUUUUGUGGACAAUGUCUUGUGGUGUUUGAAUUGCCUCACUAGACUGAACUUGUGCAAUGUUUUCUCUUCUCAAUCUCAGAACCUAUGUGUAUUUAACUGGUGCUAUGGAUUCUCAAAGCAUUGCUCUCUGUCACAUCACCGCCUCCCAUUCUGUUUAUAUGUGUCUUCGUCCUCCCAUUUAUCUCCAUAACGGGCCGAUUUUGACUUUCGUUCAGUGUGUGUCUGCAACAGGAGAUGAGCGCGAGGUGAUCUCUGUCAGGGCACAAACCUUUUGUCUUUUUACUUAAACAAGAUGCUUAGGCCAGAAUGCAGUUGUGUUGAUAAGGUUUUUUUUAUACAGAAACAUUUUCUGUGUUUUUGUCUUAAAAGACAGUUUUAAGUCAACAUGAAAGUUAACAUGAAAGCAAUACAUUUUCCCUCCAUAAUGUGACAUUUUGGAGUAAAAUGGGAAGAAUUACUUUAUUUAAACUAUUAGGAAUUCAUUGGAUUGUCAGAAAAUUGGUGUUACAUACUAGAAUGGAGUCUGGUGGCUAGAAACAAAACUGAUGUGUGAAAGUUGUUUCAAAUGUUUUUUGUUAAAAGAUUAUGAAAACAACCCUGUUUUUAUAUAGAAUAGCAUGCACCAAAUAAUCAUCAAUAAGACGACUAAGAAUGUACAUUAAAAAAAAGUAGACAAUGACUCGCACCAAAUAAUCAGUACAUUUACGUUUAUGCAUUUGGCAGAUGCAAAGCAACUUUUAUUGCAUUCAAGGUUGACAUUUUAUCAGUUCACACAUUCUCUGCGAGGGAGUCAAACCCAUGACCUACUGUUAGAGCUAUGCUACAGAAUUGCGAAUAAUAAGUUAACCAUGGGUCCAUUUUGUUUUCAUGUUGACUUUAAAGUUGCUCAAGCAACUCUAAAGUUGUUUUUGGUAGUGUUGAAUGGUCAUUUUAGAAAAUAUCUUGUUAGAAAAACAGACUUAAAAAAAUAUUGCUUGCUAUAAUUCCACAUUUGAGUAUCGCUGCCAUCUGGUACUGAUUGUAUUCUUCAUUGCUCACUACAAGUUGUUUUAUUGUUUGUUUUACAAUUAAUCGAUUCAUUGUCAUGUUUCUACAGACUUGAGACAUUCACAUGGCUUUGCUGAUACAAGUCAUUCAUUUGUAACCCAGUUCAUUGUUGAUUGCCUUGUUGUUGCAUUGUAAACCGAUAAAAGUUGUAACAGCUACACCAAUACAGCAGGCCUAGAUGAGAGUGAGGAGAUUUAAGUUGUAACUGCACAAUAAACACUUAGCUGUACUGUAAUAUUUAUAUAGAUUGGGAAGGCACUUGAGAGAAGAAUGGACUGAUUGCCAUUUUAGCUUUUAAGAGCUUCGAGGGCUAACUUUAAGUGACUUCUACUCCAUUUAGUAAUAAUAAACAGGCGAUUUUGUUAAUGUCCUAAAAGCAGUUGAGAAAAAGUGGGAUAGCAGGGUUAUCAGCUGAAAAAAAUGUGCCAUGACAUGAAUAUACCUCAGACGUAAAAUCGAAUGACUCAGGUAAACUUUCAAUUGCCUCACAGUUUAACGCAAACUGGAUAGAAAAAAAAAACGCAUUUUAGGUUGAUCUGCCUGUUUUUGGUAGUUAGUCCAUUUCUUCUCUGAGAUUAGUAGCAGUGAUUGGUCAGCGGCUCAUCAAGCACCUCCUCUUUUCCCUGCAUCUCCAGCCAAUCACAAAGCUUCAUGGAGGACAAUCUGGAACCUAAUUGGAGGCCUCACCUUGGACAUUCUUCAGGUUGGCCAGGGUUUAAUUCCAGGGCGCUGUCACGCGAUUCGGUUGGUUGACAGGGGGGAAACUGAGGCUUCGACUCUGCACCAGAGCCGAUCCAAAGAAGAAAUGUAGGUUCCCUUCCUCUGACGUGCCCUCUCUCUGAUAUAAUUCGAUAUGAUGACCGUUUGGGAUGCUUAACGUCUGUCAGAUGUCAGAGAGAUGACGUCGCAUGCAGCGUAGUGUUUCAUUGAGAGAGCUGGAGAGGUUCUGAGGAUCAGAUCAAUCUCAAAGGUGCUGUUUUUUUAGGUUCUUUACUAACUUCAUGUAGGAUAUUGAACAGUCCUCUACUUCUCAUUAUGAUCUUCAUAUGCCACAUUCGCUCUGCCUGUCAUGCCUGCCUGCGUCUCAGUCAUGUCUUUUAUUUUGGGGAAACUGGAUAUGCACAACCAUUUUGUUUUUUUACCCUGAAGAGACGCUGAUUUGUCCUUCAUCAGAUUUGAUAAGAGGCUGGAAAUAUCCAAACUUCUUUUUCCUGGUGGUUUUCUAUUUCUUGACUGGACCUCACCCGGAUGAGAUCACGUAUUUAUAUGCUGGUAAUGUGAGACAAGAACUUUUGAUCUGUAAAUUUAUGUGACAAUCUCUUUGCAAAGAAAAAUCGACAACCUGUUAUUUUACCUGCUCCCCCUCCCCGCACUUUGCUAAGUCCUGGAUCCUCGCAGACUCUUUGUAUGUGAAAGAAAGAUGGAUUCUUUUACUUUUUAAUUCUCUUUCCUUUUGCUGCGGAGUUCUUGAUUUUAUGGAUAAUACCGUUUGGAAGUGGGAUCCUCUCAGUUUGAAAUUUGACAGUCGCACGUUUGUAGGAUUGUGGUUAGUUUUGCGAAGCCAAGUUGCUGUUUUAAAUUUAACUUUAUUUCCUUGUUUGGAUGGCAUUGCCAGGCAACACAGACAUUUAUCUGCUUCCUUUUUACACCACUAGACAAAAAUAUAAAUGUUGAGAGAUCAUGGAGGUCAAAAAAUAAUGUUGUAGGUGACUGUGUGUAUAUACAGUGUGUGUACAGUAUUUGUGUAUAUACUGGAUGUAUGGAUGGUUAUAUAAUAUAAAUAUAUAUAUAUAUACAUAUACAUAUACAUGUAUUUUGUACAUAAAAUAUGUUUGUAUAUGCAGUGUACAGAAUGUGUUCUUUUACACUGAUUUUCCUUUUUCUCAAUGUGGAAAAAGAAAAAGCAGAACAGAACUUUGUGGGAAUUAAAACUCACAUCGGCGACUCGUCGGCGGAGUUAUUCAAAGCACUUUUUGCUCAGGCUGAUUGUACGCAGUCUGAAACCCACAAUGCAUCACCAUGAGUCCAACACAUGCUUUGCCGGUCUAAAGCUUGCACUCUUUUUCUCACUGAUUGAGGUUUUUUGUAACAGGUACUGGGUGACCAAGCAAUGCUUGUACAUAAAUAUAUAGGCUAAAUAACUACUGUGUGUUUGCAAAUAUCAACUUUCCCAGACAGGAAUCACCUGCUAGUCUUUGCAGCUUUUGCAUUGCCAUUUGCUUUCAAUUUCAAUGCGGUGCCAUGCCGUGUGUCAGAUGAGUUUUUGUUUGGAUCGCUGUAGAAGGUCGAUCUCAUGAUAACACGUCCCCAUUUUACUCUGUUGAUCUUUUGUAUGGCCUGAUGCUUUAUUCCCUCGUUACUUGCCUAGCAACUCUUCCAUGCAAGUAAUCGCUUCUUUGUCUCCUGUAAAUUAAUGGAGUUCCCAUGAUGUGCCUCUUUCUGAUAAACUUCAGUUGGUCUCUGUCAGCCAUAAGCCAAUCACAGUCAUCUUUCUUGACAAGCCAUAAGCCCCGCCCCUAAAUUUCCAUUUUUGAAAAGGGCAGACACUUGGGAAUUUUAUUUCUUUUUGUAUAUAUUAAUAGAAAGAGUGGUAUGUUAGAGUGUAUUGACGAUGUUUUUGGAUUUGUUAUGAAUGUUGAUAUUCUGGUUAUUGAAUUCUGGUUAUUAUUGUAAUAAUAUAAUGACUGCUGUUAUCAUUUCAUCAUUCUUUAGUUUAUUCAAUACUGUUAAAGACUUUCAUUUCUUUUUGAAUAAAUCUGAAUUUAUAUUUUUCGGGUGGGCUAAUUAUAGAAAUGAAAUCAAUUAAACAGAUGAAUAAAUAAAUUCUUAUUGAAUUAAUU